AAAGAUGGCAUAGUCAGCCCUGGUUAUAAGGGGAAAGUGGUGGUUGAAAGAUAGUUUCAGCCCAUCCGGUGUGGGCAGAGAUUGGCUCCCGCAAGAUUCGCAGCUGAGAAACACAGAUGAGGUAGCCACUGUUGGCUCAGUGUGCUGAAGGUCAGAGGAGGCCCAGCUACACAGCCUGUAAUCCUGGGCCAACCUGGACUGUUCAUUGGUUAGCACUCAUCUUGAAUUUGCAUAUCCAAAAGACAACACAAUUACUUAGCACUGCCCUGAAAAGUAUAUAAAACUGAGCCACGGAGAUGGAAAUGUUAAAUUAGAGACCAAAGCCCACUUCUGGGUUGUUCGGUGACCCUGCCUUUUCCCCUCUGUCCACCUGACGACAGGUAACUCAGCUCCUCCUCCCCGGCCCCAGACCGGCAGUGGUUUGGGGGGCAGGCAAGGGAAGUGUAGAGGCUGUUGACUUUGAACUGUGAUGUGCACCAAAAAACUGGCUUGAUGUUAAUGACUUUGAUCUCUCUGGUGAGAAGUCUGAGGUCAUAGCUUUUGUUUAUCCCUGAACAACAUGCUGGCGUCUUCUGCCUGCUUUGUACAUGGUGCCUUCCUGGAAUACAGGUGUGAAAACCCAUCUGAGUCAUGUGCUUUGGCUUUCACAAGAGGAUGAACAUGGCCCUGCCUUGCGUAGAUGCCUCAUUUCCCAUAUAUCUUGCCUUUACUUUUGGCAUAUGGCUCUCCAGGAGAGACGUGCCUGCUGUGGCAAAGGGGCUGUUUUAACAACAACAAAAGGGGCCUCGUUUGAAGGUCCUUAUAAGCUAGAUGGGGCAUCAUCAGCCCAACUGAAUUCAUUUUUCCCUAAAAAAAAUUACUUCUAAACAAUAAACAUGUUUGUUAAAGAAAUACUGGAACAUUUACAAAAGGAGAAACAAGUUACCCAGGUUUUGCUAUCUAAACACGACUGUCCCUGUUAACAUUAAAAAUAAUUUUUUUUUUUAAUGUUUAUUUAGCUUUGAGAGAGACACAGUCGAGAAAGGGGGGAGCAGAGAGAGGGAGUCACAGAAUCUGAAGCAGGCUCCGGGCUCCCAGCUGUCAGCACAGAGCCUGAUGGCGGGGCUUGAACUCACAAACUGUGAGAUCAUGAUCUGGGCCGAAGUCAGACACUCAACCAACUGAGCCACCCAGGUGCCCCAUUUUGAUGUGCUCUGUAAUUGUGGUUUGUUUUGUUUUUUUCUACCUAAGGGUUAUUUUGCCUUUUACAUGUUUGUAACCAUAAUAUAGAAACAAUUUUGUGUGCUGGUUUUUAAUUUAACAUUAGAGAGUAAGUGAAUAGUAAGCAUCACGUUUAAUGGCCACCUGGCAUACCCUUAAGUUCCUGCGUACUUGGCCCUGGAGUGUUUUGAACCACCAGGACUUGGUGACUGGCUGGAGGUGACACAGGGAGCUGGUGAGGAAGCCAGGCGCAGACCCCAUGCUUCCAGUUCCAGCUGAGUGUUCCUUAUACUCACUGGUUCUCAACCUUUCUCUGCCCUCAUUCCUCACACAUCAGCUGGCUAUGUAUCCUUGCCUCUUGGGUCUCUUGCUAUGUUAUUGUGUAUGACUUCCUCCCCACCUUCCACUGAGGAUCACUCUGCCACCUGCUUUGGGGCAUCUCCCCAGGGCUGGAGGCCAAAUGAUCCCUUUCCAUCAUGUCACUUCAAGAAACAGUAUCAUAAGGAAUAGUUUUAUUUAUUUGGGCCAGAUUUGCCUCCUGCUUCUUCCAGCCCAAGUUCCACCCUGGCCCCUUCCCAUGACCUUGCAUUGAUACUAGCUCUGUAGCAGGAGAAAGAAUGGCCAAAGGAAACAGGGACAGGUUUGGGUGUCCAGCAGAUGAUCCUGGGCUGUGGUGCUCUGCUGCUGUCACUGUGGACGGGUGACGUGGCUCCCACCCCCUGCCCGCUACUUCUCAGAGUUCUUCCUUCCCUUUCAGGACUGGCUACACGGGCACGUGUUCACAUGAGGGCCCUUUUAUUAGAAGGGUUCUACGCUUAAUUUAAUGCUCUGCUGUUGCCAUCUUGAAAUUCUUAAUAAUUUUUGAACGGUGACACUGCAUUUUCAUUUCGCACUAGGCCCCACAUAUUUGUAGCCAGCCCUGCUCUUAUUAGACGUGAACACACACUUACCUGCAGCACUCAUCUUAUUUCACUCUGUUGUGUACACUGACUCACCUCAUACCCUGGGGGAUGUUUCAGUGGAAGGACCAGCCUUUGGAAUCAAGUAGAUUGUUUCAAAUGACCACAUAUUGACUUUGGGACGUUGGGUUAGUGACCCAUUUGGAGCCUCAUUGUUCUCAACUGUAAAGUCGGCAUAGCGAUCUUAAGUUUUUAAGACUUCUGAUGAUCCAGGGGCGCCUGGGGGGCUCAGUCGGUUGGGCGUCCGACUUCAGCUCAGGUCAUGAUCUCACAGUCUGUGAGUUCGAGCCCCGCAUCGGGCUCUGUGCUGACAGCUCGGAGCCUGGAGCCUGCUUCGGAUUCUGUGUCUCCCUCUCUCUCUCUGCCCCUCCCCUGCUCAUGCUCUGUCUCUCUCUGUCUCAAAAAUAAAUAAAAACAUUGAAAAAAAUUAAAAAGAAAAAGACUGCUGAUGAUCCAGAGAGUAUGUGGGAUGGGUAGCACAGUACCUUGUGCAUCCACAGUCAGUAUCAACUUAUGUUCCUCCCUCCCUCCUCAUCUGGCAGUGUUGGUAUACAGUAAGUGCUCACCAUGCACCUAUUACAUUGCAGUUUGUGAUGGUCAUUUUGUGCCUCUUCAUUUCCAAAUGGGGCCAGGCUUUGUGUCCUAAUCUCUGGGUAAUCACACAAUUAGAAGGGCUCAUUCUAAGUACUGACUUUUCUCCUCCUUAGGUUUGGGGAGAUGUGCAUAGUGGAGUGCUUUUCAGUAAACUCUUUUGUUUUUGUUUUUUUUUAAUGUUUAUUUGUUUUGAGAGACAGCAUGAGCAGGGAAGGUGCAGAGAGAGAGGGAGAGAGAAUCCCAAGCAGGCUCCAUGCUGUCAGUGCAGAGCCUGACGUGGGGCUUGAACUCACAAACUGUGAGAUCGUGACCUGAGCCUAAAUCAAGAGUUGGACACUUAACCGACUGAGUUCCUAUCCUAAGAAAGUCCUGAGCAUAGUGAGGUAAGACAGAGACGGAGGAAGGGGCAAAAAUGUGCAGUUGCUGAUUGGAGUUGAGCCUGUGCCUUGCAGAAACCUGGUGUAUCAUGGGAGGGAUCCACGGCCGGAGCAGAAAUGCAGCUGCGGCCAGGCUGGCUGGUUCCUGUAGGUCAGGAUCUGGGACUGGCGCCUUUGGGUGUCUGUGACUGAGUCAGCGGCAGAGAGCCAGGCAAGCUUAGGGCAGCCUGUGGGCUUCGGCUAUAUUAGGAAGAAAGAACCCUUGGGCUCUCCCCAGAGCUCGCUGGGCAGGUGGGCAGUGGACAGGCCUCUGGUGGGCAGCUGGAAAUGGGCUGUGUGGACAGACAUGACCGGCUUUCACUUUGACUUUUGAGCGGGCUGCAGGAAGGUCACACACUGAAGUCCUAGCAGAGAGAAGCUUUCCUGAUGCCAGUGACCCCUCUCCCCCGCCCCCGCCUUUAUGAGUCAAAGUAAAAUAGGAGACCCCAGUGAGCUUUAGUCCUUCAUUCUUCUGUAAGCUCUUUGAGGGAGGUUUUACCUUGUAAAAAGCGCGCUCUCCUGAAUAGUUUUAAGAGGAGAUUAGGUUGGAUACUGGGUGUCACAGAUGAACAGCAGACCAUCCAGACAGGACAAACUGGGACGAUGGCUGCUUUACAUACCAUGGCAGCGAGGUCUUCAUGGACAGCUGGUCUUGAUUCAGAAACUCACCAAAGGUUUAGUUUUCCUUUGAUUGUUUAGUAUUACAGCAUGAGAUUUGGAAACAGAAGAGGAAACAAUGUGGCAGGAGAAUGGUGGCUUCUGAGGAGAAAAGGGAACAAGCUCCUGAGGAAUUAAACCACAAUUCAAGCAAAGCCCAUCCCUGCCCCCCCCCCCCCGCCCGACCUCUUGACUUUCAGUUUCUUUUCUUCUUCUUUUUUGUUCUGUAUCCUGUUUUCUGUAAGACUUAUGGAAAGGCUAGUCAUACAGCAGUUUCUCCACUGAAGUACUCUUGAUGUCUUGGGCUGGGUAGUCCUGGUUUGUGGCUUCUGUCAGGUGCUUUGUGGGGUUUUAGCAGCAUCCCCCCAGUUCUGACAGACAAAAAUGCCUCCAGCACGCCCUGCAGGGGGGAAUCACCACUGUGAAGAGCCUCUUCGAGCAGAAGGCAGUCCAUUUGGAGUAUCUGGGUGGCUCAGCCAGUUAAGUGUCUGACUUCGGCUCAGGUCAUGAUCUCAUGGCUCAUGAGUUCGAGCCCCGCAUCGGGCUCUGUGCUGACGGCUCGGAGCCUGGAGCCUGCUUCAGGUUCUGUGUCUCCCUCUGUCUCUGCCCCUCCCCUGCUCACACUCUGUCUACCUCUCUCAAAAAUAAAUAUUUUUUUUAAGUCCAUUUUUCCACUGAAAAGCAUUAUUGCCGUUACCACUGGGCGGGUGAUACGAUGGGUCACCUCUCUCCAUCUCCUGCUCCAUAAAAAUAAAAGCAAGAAGGGCAAGCUGUUCAGGAGGUUGGCUGGCCAGGAGUCAGUGUGCAGUGCUGUCUGAUGUGGCUGCAUUGCUAAAUGUCCUUUUGGGCACCUUGAGGACCAGACCGUUGCCUGUGAAAACCCAGAGUAAAAAAAGAAGCAAGCAAACAAACCACCGUCACUCCCACCACCACCAGGGAACCAUAGGAAAGGAAACCGGGACAGGAGGGAGGCUUUGCAAUUUUAUUUAAAAUGGCUGCACGAUUUGCACAAGACCCCCUCUUUCCGAGGCGCUCUCAGGAGGCCUGUCUGUGCAGAGCUGGCUUGGGUGUUAUGUGAAGAGGCUGAGAACAUGUGGCAUAAACAUCGACUGAUAUUGUUUGCCAUUUAGCUCGGCAUGUGUAAUGCAGCAGGAAUGGCUCCUGGCGGCAUGUGACUCCCCUGCCAGCCGGGUGUGCACCGGGGCCACUCUCUCUCUGUCGCUUGCUCCCUCGCCUGCAUUCCCCCUUCUCUGCCCCUUCCCAGACUCGUGAGAGUUUAAGUGGACGCUUGUCAUGAUUGGCAAGCAGAAAGCCGGUAGAAUGUCACUGGAAUUUUCUAGGGAGGCACAGGCGCGACGCCCAAAAUGACUCCCAGCUUCGGUGGCCUCAGGUGAGCGUUCGAUGCCAGGCGCCUGGGUCUUUUUCAGAAAGUGCCGCCAAGCUCCUGGACAAGAACCCGUUCUCGGUCAGUAACCCGAACCCUCUGCUUCCUUCGCCCGCCAGUCUCCAGCUGGCCCAGCUACAAGCCCAGCUCACCCUCCACCGGCUGAAGCUGGCACAGACAGCUGUCACCAACAAUACCGCAGCCGCCACGGUCCUGAACCAAGUCCUCUCCAAAGUGGCCAUGUCCCAGCCUCUCUUCAACCAGCUCAGGCAUCCGUCUGUGAUCAGCGCCCCCCAGAGCCACACGGGGGUGCCUCAACAUGCUGCGGCCAUGCCCAGCGCCCGGUUUCCCUCGAAUGCCAUUGCCUUCUCACCCCCCGGCCAGACGCGAGGCCCGGUACCCUCUGUGAGCCAACCCCCCAAUGCCGUGGUGAUGCAUCCUUUCAGUGGAGUCCUGCCUCAGACCCCUGCCCAGCCAGCAGUCAUCCUGGGCAUUGGCAAGACUGGGCCUGCCCCUGCUGCGGCGGGAUUCUAUGAGUAUGGCAAAGCCAACUCCAGCCAGGCAUAUGGCUCUGAAACAGACAGUCAGCCCAGCUUCCUGCCAGCCACGGCCUCUACCACGGGCAAUGUGACCUAUGAAGGGCACUACAGCCACUCAGGGCAAGAUGGCCAAGCUGCCUUUCCCAAGGACUUCUACGGACCCAACUCCCAAGGGUCGCAUGUGGCAGGUGGAUUUGCGGCUGAGCAGGCCGGGGGCAUGAAAGGCGAGGUAGGUCCACUGCUGCAGGGUCCAAACAGCCAAUGGGAGACCCCCCAUGGAUUCUCUGGCCAAAGCAAGCCCGAUCUUACAGCAGGCCCUAGCCUGUGGCCUCCACCCCCCAGCCAGCCCUAUGAGCUCUAUGACCCCGAGGAGCCCACCCCAGACAGGACCCCUCCUUCUUUUGGGGGUCGGCUAAACAACAGCAAACAGGGUUUCAGCGGUGCCCGGAGGCGGGCCAAGGAGGAGCAGGCGAUGCUGUCCGUGCGGCCCCUGCAGGCUCAUGAGCUGAAUGACUUUCACGGUGUGGCUCCCCUUCACCUCCCACACAUCUGUAGCAUCUGCGACAAGAAGGUGUUUGAUUUGAAGGACUGGGAGCUGCAUGUGAAAGGGAAACUACACGCUCAGAAAUGCCUGGUCUUCUCUGAAAAUGCUGGCAUCCGGUGUAUACUCGGUUCAGCAGAGGGAACGCUGGGUGCCUCUCCCAACAGCACAGCCGUUUAUAAUCCUGCUGGGAACUCUGAAGAUUAUGUCUCAAACCUUGGAUCAUCGUAUGCGGCCAUUCCAGCAAGGUCAUUUGCUCAGUCAAAUCCUGCAUUUCCUUCGGCUUCCCCGGGGACAAACUUUGCACAGCGGAAAACGGGUGCUGGCCGCGUGGUGCACAUCUGCAAUCUCCCUGAAGGAAGCUGCACGGAAAAUGAUGUCAUUAACCUGGGGCUGCCUUUUGGAAAGGUCACUAAUUACAUCCUCAUGAAAUCUACUAAUCAGGCCUUUUUAGAGAUGGCUUACACAGAAGCUGCCCAGGCCAUGGUCCAGUAUUACCAAGAAAAAUCUGCCAUGAUCAAUGGUGAGAAGUUGCUCAUUCGGAUGUCCAAGAGAUACAAGGAAUUGCAGCUGAAGAAACCCGGGAAAACGGUGGCUGCCAUCAUCCAGGACAUGCAUUCCCAGAGGGAGAGGGACAUGUUCCGGGAAGCAGACAGAUACGGCCCAGAAAGGCCACGGUCGCGCAGUCCGGUGAGCCGGUCACUGUCCCCGAGGUCCCACACGCCGAGCUUCACCUCCUGCAGCUCUUCCCACAGCCCUCUGGGCCCCACCCGCACCGACUGGGGCAACAGCCGGGACUUGUGGGAGCACUCGCCCUAUGCCAGAAGGGAGGAAGAGCGAGAUUCGAGCCCCUGGAGAGAGAAUGGAGAGGACAAGAGGGACAGGGCAGACGCGUGGCCACAUGAUCGCAAACACUACCCCUGGCAACUGGACAAAGCGGAGUUAGAUGAGCGGCUGGAAGGAGGGAGGGGCCAUCGAGAAAAGCACCCAAGGCCCGGGUCCCCCAGCCCGCUGCACUCUGCCUCGGGCUACAAAAGCCGAGAAGACAGCUACUACCGGAAGGAGCCCAAAGGCAAAUCGGACAAGUAUGUAAAGCAGCAGCAGGAAGCUCCCGGGAGGUCCAGGAGGAGAGAGGAGGCCAGGCUGCGGGAGAGCAGACACCCCCACCCCGAGGACUCAGGCAAGGAAGACGGGCUGGAGCCGAAGGUCACUAGGGCCCCUGAGAGCGUCAAGUCUAAGCAGAGUGAGAAAAACAGAACCAAGAGACCUGAUAGAGACCAAGAAGGAGCUGAUGAUAGAAAAGAAAGCAGAAUGGCGGGGAAUGAGGUAACGAUGCAAUCUCUUCCCCAGGCUGGAAAAGAGGAGCAGGAGGGCAUGGAAGAAAGCACCGCAUCAGUGGGCAGGCAGGAGAAAGAAACAGAAUCCUCUGAUGCAGAGGACACAAGGACAAAGGAGCAAGACUGGGAGAGUGGAAGUGAGGCAGAAGGGGAGAGCUGGUAUCCCACUAACAUGGAGGAGCUGGUUACAGUGGACGAGGUUGGGGAGGAGGAAGAUUUUAUUAUGGAACCAGACAUCCCAGAACUGGAAGAAAUUGUGCCCAUUGACCAGAAGGACAAAAUCUGCCCAGAAAUAUGUCCCUGUGUGACGUCCACCUUAGACCUGGACGUAACCAAGGAUUUCACCAACGAGUGUGUGAAGCCCAUAGGUAACGGGGCUACGGAACUCAGCCUCAAGUCACCCAAAGAUCUGCCUUCUGCUUCCACGAGCUGUCCCAGUGACAUGGACGUGGAAAUGCCUGGCCUAAAUCUGGACACUGAGCAGAAGCCAGCUGAACGUAAGACAGACCUCUCACUGGAGGGUUCAGAUUGCUACGAGAAGCAGGCAAAGGGAGGGGAGAGCUCCGAUGUUCAUCCGGCCCCUCCACUCCAGCAAAUGUCUUCCCCCAAGCCAGCAGAGGAGGGGGCCCGGCAGCCUAGCCCACCUCUCGAUGACUGCAAGGCCGGGGGGCCCCCCGAAGAUGGGGCAUGUGAAGGCAGUCCCCUGGAGGGGAAAGCCAGCCCCCGCACCGAAACUGACCUCCAAAGCCAGGCUUGCCAAGGAGUGUCCACCCAGGAAAACUCCAGGUACAUGGAAGUAAAAUCUUUGGAUGUGAGGUCACCGGAAUACACGGAAGUGGAGCUGAAACAGCCCCUCUCUUUGCCUUCCUGGGAGCCCGAGGAUGUGUUCAGUGAACUUAGCAUUCCCCUAGGGGUGGAGUUCGUGGUGCCCAGGACUGGGUUUUACUGCAAGCUGUGUGGGCUGUUCUACACCAGCGAGGAGAUGGCGAAGAUAAGCCACUGUCGCAGUGCUGUUCACUACAGGAACUUACAGAAGUACUUGUCCCAGCUGGCCGAGGAGGGCCUCAAGGAGACCGAGGGGGCAGGCAGCCCAAGGCCCGAGGACAGCGGAAUCGUGCCACACUUUGAGAGGAAGAAGCUCUAGGCCCCUGCAGCGGCUUCAGCCAGGAGAGGACGGCCUUCUGAGGCGGGGCCUUCCUGACAUCCUGGAGGAGCUAAAGCCUGGGAGGAAGGCAAACCAGGCCGCCUGAGCUUUUUCUCGGAGACUCAUGAAAUCGCCCCUCAAGUGUCUCCCUGGUGAGAGCUGUCACCUCGUGUGUCCAGCGGCGGAGCGCUACCCUCUCUCUCCCCGUUGAUUCUUGUUUCCUUCAAUUUGCUUCUCUUCUUUCCCCUCCUCCUCUCACCUUCUGUGCCAAGGGUCAUUUAUUUUUCAUAAAACCCAACUUCUCAGGGAUUUUCACAGUGUCCAAAUUCUUGGUGGCCAGCCGGAUCAACCAAGGAAGAGAUCUCACAGAAACCCCUGGGUCAAGAACCACUUCAGGGAGCCUGGAGCAUUGUCCCUGCCUGGCAUUCUGAGCAGGGGAGCCGAGUCGGGCCCUGCAGUCCUGGAGAGGGGGGCACCCUAGACCAUCCGUUGGCAGAAGCUGGGAGUUUCUCCAGCGGGACCACUUUUGCGAAAAGCCCCCAUUUUUAAUAACUCUUUCAUCCUCUCAACUAUUCUAGAAGCCCAUCAGAUUCAUGCCUUAAAAUAAAGUUAAUGAAUUUCACAGAGGAGGAAAACCACUCUUCAUUUUGGAACCUCUGUUAAGUCCCCCCCACUGCCCACCGCCCCACAAAGUUAGUUCUGUCCUCAGGAUUUCAGGAGGUACCAGGGUUGGUUCUGUUCCAGACAAUGAAUUUGGUGUAGAUUCACUUCAAUAAAAAAUUAAAACAGUAGUGUCUUUUCCCUUCAGCUGAGACCGUAGUUGGUGUGGGCUUGGGUCAGAUGCUGGCCUCCCAGCCAUGGGUCAUAUUGCUUGAGAGACACGUAAUAAGGAAAUGGUAUCUGUCUUUGACUCGCUCUUGGUGCCUGCACUCUGGGCCCCAGCAGCCUCUCAGUGGGAUGGUUUCUAGAAUGGUCUUCGCCGGUGGGGGGCGGUGGAGAAGCUAAGGAAAGAGCAAGGCUGCAGGACUGAAGAGCAGCAUUUCGGGAUUGCCAAGUAUUUAUAGGUGGGCAGGAGGUCAAGGGCAUUUCAGAGGACCCCAUGUGCAGACUUUGAUGUGGAGUGUUAUGAAGAACAGAACUUUUCUUCCUGCAUGGUUUUCUGAUUCUAGAGGUCAGUGCCUUCAGGCCCGAGACUAGAGGGUCUGAUAUUCCAUUGGGAGCAUUUGGGACAGAGGUGUUAGGCUUGGCCACAGCUGUAGGGAAGACCUCAAGAAGGUAAGAGGGGAGCCUUGUGCUGUUUCCACAAGCUAAUAAGCUACUUCCCUGGCUCAGCCCCUAGAAGAUGGUUCCUAUGUUUCUAUUCCUGACCACAGAGAGAGAGAGAGACCAGGAAGGGAUUGUUUGUUUUCUAUUAUUUUUUGCAAUUUUUUUAGUAGGUGAGAUUUUUUUAUGGUAGAUACCUAUACUGCACAUUCUGUCCUCUGCACUAAUGGUGAAAGAAUAGAAAAAUCAUCUGAGUUUGACACUGACAUUUUAUCAGUAAGUCUGAGGCACGGAGAAGAAAGAAAUGUAGAAUAUAAAAUGUAUAAAAUGAUCCUGCGUAAACCUUGGGGCACGUGGUCACUGGUGAGAAGAGUUGCGGGGAACCUGUCAAAGAGAACAGUGAAGGAAAGUACCCGAGGCAGACCAGCCAGCCCCUGGGCAUGAGCAGUGAGAGGCUGGAGGAAGCAGGAAGCCUGACCUUGGCAUUAGGCCAUCUGGGGGCGUCGGAAAGGUUGGUGUCUCCAAGAGAGUGGGCUCUGAAAAUGGUGGCUCAGCUCUAGCUGCCUCCACAGGUUUUUACCUGGUGUUCUGGAGACCAGCCUCCUCCAUUUCUGGGAAAAUCUCUGGCCCUAUUUGUCUUUUCUCCCACCUGGGGGAUGUCUACGGUCAGCUCCCUGGCCUCCUCGGGAACCUUGCUGGGAAAAGCCUACCACCUCCAUCAGAGGCUGGAACUGAGCAUUUUCAGAGAAGCUGGCAGUCUUUUCUCCCAGCAAAGUGGAAGCUGACCCCACCGGCUCAUCCCCGCAGCACUGUUUCCAUGGAAACCAGGAUAGCUGUUCAAACAGCCUCAUUCCCAAGUAGCGCAAUGGCUCCCUUGCUGAUAGACUGACCUUCUCCAUAUUGCAAAUCUGGCAAGAGCCCCUGGGAGGGAGAGAGGAGAGGCUCUCUGCGUUCAAUCAGAACCUUCAGUUUAAAAAUCAUCUAAGAUUCUGUACUGGUGUAUAUAUAUAUAUAUAUAUAUAUAUAUAUACAUAUAUAUUUAUUUCUAUUUAUUUUUAUACAAUUCCAUUGGCAUGGUCCUUUACCCACUCUAUAAUUUGCACUCCUUGUUCCUACAUGUGUCAUACACAAGGCAGUAUUAAAGAAAACCAGGAAAAUACUGAUCUAUUUUUUAAAGCUUUUCUUCAGUGUUUGUCAAACAUUUCAAAGUGUCUCCCCAAAAAGCUUGUUUGAGAGCAGCUGCUACCUUGAGCAACAGAUUCAUUUGUACCCUGGGUUGAGAUACCAAAAGGCCGAUGUACUUUUCAUUGUAAACACCCAAAAUAAAGUAUAUCCAGAUGUUAUUCCCAAAGAAUUUGGUAGAUUUGAUGUUGGUGUGAGAACAGCCAUUACUAUCCGGGUUUCCCUUUCUUGGACAAGUGUAAGGCUGUGAUCUGUUAGAAUGUACUUGAACUGGACCAGAGUUUGUUUUUUGAGCUUAUGAGAAAAAGAAAAAGAAAAACACUAGUUAAGCUUGAACUUGUAAAGUAUUGGAAUUUGUUGAGUGUCUUAUAAAUUGUCAUCGCUUUUCCUGAUCUGUAUAAUUGACCGCCAUGUUUGUUUUUACAAAAAGAAAAAAAAAGAUUUUUAAUAAAGAGAAUUUGAAAGCUUG